UUCUACGAAUACGACGACUACAUCACCGCCGGUCCUCUCGGCCCGCGACCUCGCGCGUUCAGUCCACGGUACUUGGCUCGGGAUCAACAAGGUUGGCCGGGUGGGCGUGUUGACAAACUGUCUUGAGACGGACUGUGUGAGGGCCGUCGGGGAGAGGGGUCGCGGAAGCGUUAUCAAGGACUGGUAAACUUCUUGCCCCUUCUGGCGAACGAAUGGGAGGCUAUGACAGUGGUGGCAAUGUCAAGGAACAAGGAAGCGUUGAAGAGUUCGUGUGUUUAUUGGCCGGCCUGGGAGAUGUGGGCGGGUUCAACCUGCUGAUUGGCGACGUGAGAGAAGCCGACCAAGGCCGGGGUUUGGCGAUAAUUUCGAAUCGCAGUGCCGGUUAUGCCUUGACAUCGGACUCGGCGUCGUUGCCGGGCUACUGUGCUCCAUCUGGGGAAGCGAGGGAGCAGCUGCAGGUGAGGUGGGUUGACUGGGGUGGCAUUGAAAGUGGAACUGGGGAUACGAUCGCACUGAGCAAAAUGACGUUGGGAGACGACGAUCACCAGCCGAAGUGGAAGAAAGUUUCUGUGGGAGAGGAGCUUACGGCCGAAGCGGUCGGCGCAAGUUUACGGCGGGCAACCAUGGGGGUGUCCUGGUUGAAACGCUGUCUGAUGUCCUCUCGACGGAUACUCUGCCCCUUCUUCCCGGGGCUUGGAGGAGAGCGCAAGCAUAUUUGGGGUUGUUACAGAAGCGUAUCUCUAUUCCAGUCAGUGGGAAGGCAGUGCAGCAUCAAAAAGAUAAGGAAUCGACGGCGCUGGAUCUGUCAUACAUGGAGGAACUGUCUGGCACGCAGAUGCAGAUAGUAAUGUUGAUUGGGUAUGAUGGGAGGGUGCGGUUGAUUGCGCGGACUCUGUGAUGAAGGGGGGCGCAGGCUUUCAGGGGAGGACGAGAGCCGGUUUGACUUUGUGGUGGGGAUGAGCUGAAUUUGUCGGCUGGCAUAUUUCUGUCUCGCGUUAUGGCAUCAUCUUGCAUACUCGGAGUGGCCUAUGAUGCGACAUUGUUUGUGUGCCGUCGAGGCUGUGAUUCAAUCGUUUGCACCUGGGAUCUGUUUUGAGUCAACAACAACAACAGCAACAGCAACA